AGGCUCACAGCAGCUUUGGGGCAGUGGUUGGGCAGAUCUAGAAAACUGCAUGGAGGAAAGGGUUAAAUGCCUCCUUUCCCGGCACCACCAGUCAGAUCCAACUUGCAGCAGCAGCAGCAGCAACCUGCCUACCAGCAGAAAUCUCUUUUGAAUGAGAUGUCCGUCCGAGAACUGCAAGUUCCGAUCGAGCUUGCUCAAUCCCUGGUUUCUCCCCUCUCCCCCCACAUCAGUGUCUCUUCUCAACGUUUUGAAGGCGGAUCCGAAACUGUUCUCCCCAGCAGCUGGAAACUAAGCUGGGAGAUUCCCACUUUGCAGCUGCUGCAUGAAACAGGAGCGGACCCCGAAGCUGCUGAACCAUGAUCCCCUUCCUCUGUGCCCUCCUCAGCCUUUUGCCAGCUGCUGCCACCCAGGAGUCUAUCCUUGAUACAACACCAUUCUGCCCAAUGGCGGUGUCUAUCAGAGGUGGCACCUUUUCACUCUCAGAUGGGUACCACCAAGGAAGCAUCCUCACCUAUUCCUGCCCAGCUGGCGCCUAUCCAUACCCAUCACGAAGCCGGAUCUGCCAAUCAGAUGGGAAGUGGACUCCCAUGCGCUUACCCAGUGGAGGCCGAACCAAUCUAGCACAAUGCAAAGCCAUACGCUGCCCUCCACAGAGGUCUUUUGAACACGGCUCUUUCAACCCAAGACGGAACGCACAUCCAGUCGGUGACGUCCUGAGCUUUGAGUGUUCUGAUGGAUACCAACUUCUCGGUUCAUCCCAGAGGCACUGCCAGCCCAACGGCCGCUGGAAUGGAACCUCCCCAGUUUGUGACGAUGGAGAGGGGCACUGCCAAAGUAUUGCCAUCCCACCGGGGGCGAUUGCUACAGGGGGGCGCAACAGUCUUGGAGAUCAGGUCUCGUUCCAGUGUCAGAGCGGCCUGGACUUGGUAGGAUCAUCCCAGCGUGUCUGCACUCUAGAGGGUGAAUGGUCAGGAGCUGAGCCGAGUUGUCGAGCCCCCUAUUCUUUUGAUCGGGCCGAAGAUGUUAGAGCUGAAUUUGGAGCCUCACUAACCGAUGUCCUGAGCGAGGUGUCAUCUUCUGGGCCUGAUCCUUCUGGGACACCUCAAGCUCCAUCUUUAGGACGAAGGCUUAUACUGUCCAAAGAUAAUUUCCUCUACAUCUACUUGCUUGUGGAUGCCUCCCACAGUGUCACUGAAGCCAACUUCAAGAUCUUUAAAAAGUGUCUAGAGAUCAUCAUCACAAGGGUUGCUAGUUUUGAUGUUCCCAUCAAGUUCUCAGUCAUCUCUUACGCCAGCCAGCCCAAGGCCAUUGUUAACAUCUAUGACGAUAUAGCUGAAGAUCCAGGAGUAGUUCUUGAGAUGAUGAUGAAGGAUAUGAACUACAAAGAUCAUGGCAACGCAACAGGGACUAACAUCCAGGCCGCGUUAUUGGCUGUCUACGAUAUGAUGGUCACCGAUCAAGCGUUUUCCCUAGAGCAAUGGAACACAGUCCGUCACGCUAUCAUCCUGCUCACGGAUGGGAAAUCCAAUAUGGGAGGUUCUCCCCAAACGGCGGUGCGCAGAAUAGAAGACUUCGUGAACGUGAGAGCGGGACGAAAGGAUUAUCUGGAUAUCUAUGCUUUUGGGGUUGGAAGCAUUGAAGUGGACUGGCAGGCCAUGAAUGAGAUAGCAUCGAAGAAGCCGGGCGAGAGGCAUGCCUUCAUACUGAAAAACCCUCAGGAACUCAAGAAAGCCUUUGAAGACAUUCUUGACCCCAGGGAUCUGGAUGAUAUAUGUGGAUUGGCAAACUAUUCUGACAGUGCCAGAUGGGACCAGAAGAACCCGUGGCACGUACUCCUUCAAGGCGAUGUUCAUACAGAAUAUGCUUGCCGGGGUGCUUUGAUCUCCAAGAAGUGGGUUCUGACAUCAGCUCACUGCUUCAACAGGUUAAACGACACUUCCAGCUGGACCGUUAUUCUGGGAGGAGGAGAGAGAAAGUUACGAAUAAAGAGACGGAUUGACCACAAAUCAUACGAUGUUCGGGCUAAGUUGGCCCAAGGCAUUGAGGAAUUCUAUGACUAUGACAUUUCCCUAGUCGAACUGGAGAAUCCUGUGCAGUUUGGUGGGAGAAUCAGGCCAGUCUGCCUUCCUUGCACCGAAGGUGCCAACAGAGCUCUGAAGAAGAAGCCAGGGACCACGACAUGCAAGGAUCAUGAGCUGGAGUUGCUGAGUUUUGAAAAGGUGCCUGCCCAAUUCAUUUCCAUAGACAACAAGAGGAUGAACGUUGAAAUCAAGACAAAGACAAGUCGUCCCUCGUGUAUUUCCGGAGCUGUUCAAGAGGAUAUGAUAUAUUCCAAAGUGUCUGAUGUCUCUGACGUGGUGACGGAUAGAUUCCUGUGCAGCGGGGAAGAUAAUGCUGUGGAGGCUGCCACUUGCAAAGGUGAAUCUGGGGGAUCACUAUUUGUGGCAAGGAAGGAAAGACAUUUUCAGGUGGGUGUGAUCAGCUGGGGCACAUAUGACCCAUGUAAAUGGAAGAAAAAAGACCCAAACACAAAAGAGAUAAUACGGGAGCCCCCUCAGCGCCAGCAUAAACCACGAGAUUUCUACAUCAGCCUCUUUCGUGUGCAGGACUGGCUGAGGCAACACUUGAGCGAUUCUCUGAGAUUCAUCCCUCUGCAACUUGUGGGCAGGAGAACCAAAGUUUCACAAGUAGUAGAACUACAGUGUUGUGGCUGCUAUAGAAACAGCGGAGAGGCUGAAAGACAGCAGAAGAAAGAACCAGAAAUGCAGCGACUUCACCAACUUUUCUGCAUCCUUAUUGGCCUUGGGGCAUUUUAUACAGAUGUGACUGAUGGCGCCUGUGACCCCCAAACUGCAGAGAUUGAAGGAGGCACCUACACAGUGCUGGAAAAUGGCACGCUGCUGGAAUAUUCAUGCCCAGCUGGGAAAUACCCAUACCCUACGGAGACCCGGGUUUGUGAGUACAACAGGCGGUGGAGCUCCAUGGAAAAUGUGUACAAAAGGCCAGUCCAGAAAGCCAAAUGUGAAGCUGUCCGCUGUCACAGGCCCCUAGAGUUCGAAAAUGGCCGGUAUGAACCCCGCCAACAAUACUACAAUGUAAGCCAGGAACUGAGGUUUGAGUGCUACCAGGGGUACACAAUGCUGGGAUCCCAGAACCGCGUCUGCCUCCCCAAUGGGAAAUGGAGUGGAGAGACAACGAUAUGUGAUGAUGGAGGUGGCCACUGCCCUAACCCUGGUAUCCCAAUUGGUGCCCGAAAAACUGGCACUGAAUAUCGGGUAGAAUACAAGGUCCGCUACUACUGUGACAGAGGACUCAGUCUCGUGGGAUCCAACGAACGGACUUGCCUAGAGUCAGAAAAAUGGAGUGGCUCAGAACCAGAAUGCCGAAACCCGUUCACCUUUGACACUCCAGAAGAAGUCGCCGACAAGUUCAUAUCUUCCCUCGCUGAUGUUGCAGAGAUCUCGGAUCCUGAUAAAAAUGUUUCCGCUACAGAGAAGCGUAGAAUCAAGAUUAAUAAAGGUGGCUUAUUGAACAUCUACAUUGUCCUUGAUGCCUCCCAAAGCAUUCGCAAGGAGACGUUUAAGAAAGCAAAGGAUGCAGCAAUCGCGUUGAUUGAGAAGGUCUCCACCUAUGACAUCACCCCCAGAUAUGGCAUCAUCACGUUUGCCACCAACGCAGUACAGGUUGUCAGCACAGUCAAUGAGGAGAGCACCGACGCCGCCUUCGUGAUUAAGAAACUGGAAGACAUGACACACGGCGAACACAAGAAGAAGCCUGGAACCAACAUCUACAAAGGCCUCCGUGCUGUCUACACAAUGAUGAUCGAUCAGGAAGCAGACGAGACGAGGCGAGGGUUGAACCCACCUCCUGUUGCCAAUCAGACGCGCCACGUUAUCCUCCUCCUGAGUGAUGGUGACUACAACAUGGGGGGUAACCCAGUUCCUGUUAUUGGGUCAAUAAAAGAAUUCCUCAGUAUACAUGGUGACAAAAGUCCUCGCCUUGACUACUUGGAUGUUUACAUCUUUGGUGUCGGGAAACUGGUCAACAUGGGCAACAUGAAUGCCUUGGCAUCUCAAAAACCUGAUGAGACACACAUCUUCAAACUCAAAGACUAUGACGACGUCCGGGUGGCCUUUGACAACAUGAUCGAUGAAAGCCAGGUGUUCUCCAUGUGUGGCAUCGCCAAGGAGUUCAAAGAAGCAGAAGACCAACAGAAGUAUCCCUGGCACACCACUAUCACUAUCAGGCGUGAGACUGGAUUUGAGCACUGUAAAGGAGCCCUUGUUUCUGAGUAUUAUGUCUUGACGGCAGCCCACUGCUUCAGCAUAGAUGACCAGGCCGUGCAGAUCACUGUCAGGAUUGGCAAACAAACCUUUGAAGUGGCUGCGCUCCAGUCCCACCCUCAGUACCGCAUUGGGAAGCUACGAGAUCAAGGGAUUCCUGAAUUUUAUGAUUAUGACGUUGCCUUGGUGAAACUUGGCAAGAAAGUCGAGUACUCCGCUGAUGCAAGGCCAAUUUGCCUCCCAUGCACAGCAGGAGCCACCCGGGCUCUGAGGAAGCCCAUUGGACAGACCACCUGUAAGGAUCAUGAGGAAGCACUCCUGCCUGUCGGGGACAUCCCUUCUCGUUUUGUAACUGAUUGUAGCUACCGUGACCGAUCAGAAAAUGGACUGCGUCACAAAAUUGUGCGGAUCAAGACCGGUGGAAAUAAAUUGGCCUGUGAGGAAGAUGCCAAGAAAGCCAGCCACUACAAAAAUGUCACGGACGUCUCGAAGGUGGUGACUGAACGCUUCCUCUGCACAGGGGGUGUUGUACCCCAGGUGGACCCCAACACUUGCAAAGGUGAUUCUGGUGGUCCCCUCAUCAUUGCACACAGGAUGCGUUACAUUCAGGUGGGUGUGAUCAGUUGGGGUGUCGUUGAUCUCUGUAAACUUAAGAGGAUACCUGUGUGCGACAGUGCAAAUGCUCCCAAGGAGCAGUCUCCCACCCAUGCCAGGGAUUUUCACAUCAACCUUUUUAAGGUCCUGCCCUGGCUCAGAGAACAGCUGGCGGAAGAAGAUCUGGAAUUCAUCCCACCCCCUUCUGUGUAAAUAGAACCAGUACCUUUAAAUUUGGUCAAGCGAAUGCAGUGUUAACAAUUGUGUAUUAAAUGUCAUUGUACAAAAAGCAAGAUGAGAUACAUAGUCUCAUUUGCUCGUCUCUUGACUCCGUGAGAGGGGAUUUCAUAUCCUAUGGAGAGCUGUACAUAUUCCAAACAGUUAUGACUUGUUAUCAUGCACAGAAUUUCACACCCCCAAGAUCUCAGCUUCCUUGCUUUCUCUCUGUGUUUGUCUUUCUUUCUUAGAAGUUUCUACAUCAUGAUUGCACAGAUGAACCUGAAAAAUAAAAAUAAACUCUUAUUUAUUUA